AUGUCAAGUUCAGGUUAUCCUCCCAACCAAGGAGCAUUCAGCACAGAACAAAGUCGGUAUCCUCCCCACUCUGUUCAGUACACCUUUCCCAGCACCCGUCACCAGCAGGAAUUUGCGGUCCCUGAUUACCGUUCUUCUCAUCUUGAAGUCAGUCAGGCAUCACAGCUCUUGCAGCAGCAGCAGCAGCAGCAGCUUCGCAGGAGGCCUUCCCUACUUUCAGAGUUUCACCCGGGUUCUGACAGGCCUCAAGAAAGAAGAACUGGAUAUGAGCAGUUUCACCCAGGCCCUUCCCCAGGGGAUCAUGAUUCACUGGAUUCCAAGAGACCACGUCUGGAGCAGCUUUCUGAUUCCCAUUUCCAGCGGGUCAGCGCUGCGGUCUUACCUUUAGUGCACACGCUGCCAGAAGGGUUGAGGUCUUCUGCAGAUGCUAAGAAGGACCCAGCAUUUGGAGUCAAACAUGAAGCUCCUUCCUCUCCAAUCUCUGGGCAACCAUGUGGGGAUGAUCAAAAUGCUUCACCUUCAAAACUUUCAAAGGAAGAGUUAAUACAGAGUAUGGAUCGUGUAGAUCGAGAAAUUGCGAAAGUAGAGCAGCAGAUCCUUAAACUGAAAAAAAAACAACAACAGCUUGAAGAGGAGGCCGCGAAGCCUCCAGAGCCCGAGAAGCCUGUGUCCCCCCCUCCUGUGGAGCAGAAGCACCGCAGUGUUGUCCAGAUUAUUUAUGAUGAAAACCGGAAAAAAGCGGAAGAAGCUCAUAAAAUAUUUGAAGGUCUUGGCCCGAAAGUUGAACUGCCACUCUAUAACCAGCCAUCAGACACCAAGGUGUACCAUGAGAACAUCAAGACAAACCAGGUGAUGAGGAAAAAACUCAUUUUAUUUUUUAAAAGAAGAAAUCAUGCAAGAAAACAAAGGGAACAAAAAAUCUGCCAACGUUAUGAUCAGCUCAUGGAGGCAUGGGAGAAAAAAGUGGACAGAAUAGAAAAUAACCCUCGGAGGAAAGCUAAAGAAAGCAAAACAAGAGAGUACUAUGAAAAGCAAUUUCCAGAGAUUCGAAAACAGAGAGAACAGCAAGAACGGUUUCAGCGAGUUGGGCAGAGGGGAGCUGGUCUUUCAGCCACCAUUGCUAGGAGUGAACAUGAGAUUUCUGAAAUUAUUGAUGGGCUCUCCGAACAGGAGAAUAAUGAGAAACAAAUGCGACAGCUCUCUGUGAUCCCGCCUAUGAUGUUUGAUGCUGAACAGAGACGGGUCAAGUUCAUUAACAUGAAUGGCCUCAUGGAGGACCCUAUGAAGGUUUAUAAAGAUAGGCAGUUCAUGAAUGUUUGGACUGACCAUGAGAAGGAGAUCUUUAAAGACAAGUUUAUCCAGCAUCCAAAAAACUUUGGACUGAUUGCAUCUUACUUGGAAAGGAAGAGUGUUCCUGAUUGUGUUUUAUAUUACUACUUAACCAAGAAAAAUGAGAAUUAUAAAGCCCUAGUAAGAAGGAACUAUGGAAAACGCAGAGGGAGAAAUCAGCAAAUUGCCCGACCCUCACAAGAAGAAAAAGUAGAAGAAAAGGAAGAGGAUAAAGCAGAAAAAACAGAAAAAAAAGAGGAGGAAAAGAAAGAUGAAGAAGAAAAGGAUGAAAAGGAGGACUCUAAAGAAAAUACCAAGGAAAAGGAUAAGACAGAGGGGACAGCUGAAGAAACUGAGGAGAGAGAGCAGGCCACACCCCGGGGCCGGAAGACCGCCAAUAGCCAGGGCCGCCGGAAGGGCCGGAUCACCAGGUCCAUGACCAGUGAGGCUGCCGCGGCCAGUGCUGCUGCGGCCGCGGCCACUGAGGAGCCCCCGCCACCUCUGCCACCGCCACCAGAGCCCAUUUCUACGGAACCUGUAGAAACUUCUCGAUGGACAGAAGAAGAAAUGGAAGUUGCUAAAAAAGGUCUAGUGGAACAUGGUCGUAACUGGGCAGCAAUUGCAAAGAUGGUGGGAACUAAAAGUGAAGCCCAAUGUAAAAACUUCUAUUUUAACUAUAAACGGAGGCACAAUCUUGACAACCUUUUGCAGCAGCAUAAACAGAAAGCCUCACGGAAGCCCCGUGAAGAGCGAGACGUGUCUCAGUGUGAAAGUGUGGCCUCCACUGUCUCAGCACAGGAGGACGAGGACAUUGAAGCCUCUAAUGAAGAGGAGAACCCCGAGGACAGUGAAGGUGCUGAAAAUAGUUCUGAUACAGAAAGUGCUCCUUCUCCUUCACCAGUUGAAGCUGUCAAGCCUGGCGAAGACAGCACUGAAAAUGCGCCUCCUGGAGGGACUGCUGAGGCUGUGGCUGAGCUGGAGGCUACCCCUGACGCCGUGCCCAGGCCUUCUCCCUCGCCGGCAGCUGCGAGCACAAAAGCAGCCGAGGAUGACAGUGUGGAAGCCCCGGUGAAUGAUAGCAUCACAGUGGACACGGCCGAGCCGAUGGAGGUGGAGCAUGAGGAGCGCGGGGCUGAAGGCACUUCUGCUCUUGACCUCCCCUCGGCCGCCAAGGCCAAUGCUGUGGAUGUUGAAAUGCGGGUGCCAGAAAGCAGUCCAUCCAGAGUCGAAGGGGACCUCAAAGACAGAGACCUGGAGAGGAGCGGCGAGAAGCCAGAGCCUGGAGAGGAUGAUCUGGGGGUAGCCCAGCAGCUGAGCGCCCCGAGGCCUGAGCCCCUGUCUGACCACGAUUCCAGCGCCACUUGCAGUGCAGACGAGGACGUGGAUGGGGAGCCCGAGAGGCAGCGAAUGUUUCCUAUGGAUUCGAAACCUUCAUUGUUAAAUCCCGCUGGGUCUAUACUGGUCUCAUCACCCAUAAAACCAAACCCACUGGACCUGCCUCAGCUUCAACAUCGAGCUGCUGUCAUCCCACCAAUGGUUUCCUGCACCCCAUGUAACAUCCCAAUUGGGACCCCCGUGAGCGGCUAUGCCCUCUACCAGCGGCACAUCAAAGCCAUGCACGAGUCGGCGCUCCUGGAGGAGCAGCGGCAACGGCAGGAGCAGCUGGACCUAGAGUGUCGGAGCUCGACCAGCCCGUGCGGUGCCGCGCGGAGCCCCGGCAGAGACUGGGAAGUCCUCCAGCCUGCUCCACAUCAGGUGAUAACUAACCUUCCUGAAGGGGUUCGGCUUCCAACAACUCGGCCCACUCGGCCGCCGCCUCCUCUCAUCCCGUCAUCCAAAACCACAGUGGCUUCUGAGAAACCAUCGUUUUUACUGGGAGGCUCCAUCUCGCAGGGAACACCCGGCACUUACUUGCCUUCUCCUAAUCAGGCCUCCUACGCCCCUGAGGCAGCGAAGCCCUCGGCAGGCUCCAUCUCUCUGGGACUGCCGCGGCAGCAGGAGGCCGCCAAGCCAGCCACCGUGCCCUACAUCAAGCAGGAGGAGUUCUCUCCCCGAAGCCAGAACUCACAGCCUGAGGGUUUACUGGUCAGAGCCCAGCACGAAGGGGUGGUCAGAGGUACCUCAGGAGCCAUUCAAGAAGGAAGCAUAACUCGGGGAACACCCUCUAGCAAACUCUCUGUGGAGAGCAUCCCGUCCCUCCGAGGUUCCAUCACCCAGGGAACCCCAGCUCUGUCCCAGGCUGGCAUACCAACUGAGGCAUUGGUGAAAGGACCUGUUUCUAGACUGUCCAUUGAAGAGAGCAGUCCUGAGAAAGGCCGGGAGGAAGCCGCCUCCAAAGGCCAUGUUAUUUACGAAGGCAAAAGUGGACACAUCUUAUCCUAUGACAAUAUUAAGAAUGCCCGAGACGGGACGAGGAGUCCAAGAACAGCUCAUGAAAUCAGUCUCAAAAGAAGCUAUGAAUCAGUGGAAGGAACAAUAAAACAAGGGUUGUCUAUGAGGGAAUCUCCCGUAUCAGCACCGCUGGAGGGGCUCAUCUGCCGCGCGCUGCCCAGAGGGAGCCCUCACUCUGACCUCAAGGACAGGACCGUGCUGUCUGGGUCCAUCAUGCACGGCACACCAAGAGCGACAACUGAAAGUUUCGAGGAUGGCCUUAAGUACCCCAAACAGAUUAAAAGGGAGAGUCCACCCAUCCGAGCGUUUGAAGGUGCCAUCACCAAAGGAAAGCCCUAUGAUGGCAUCACCACCAUCAAAGAGAUGGGGCGCUCCGUUCACGAGAUCCCCCGGCAGGACAUGUUGGCUCAGGAGAGUCGGAAAACCCCCGAGGUGGUGCCGAGUGCUCGGCCCGUCAUUGAGGGCUCCAUCUCCCAGGGCACACCCAUCAAGUUCGACAGCAGCUCGGGUCAGUCUGCCAUCAAACACAAUGUCAAGUCCCUGAUCACGGGGCCUAGCAAAUUGCCCCGUGGGAUGCCUCCAUUGGAAAUUGUGCCUGAGAAUGUUAAAGUGGUAGAAAGGGGCAAGUAUGAGGAUGUGAAGGCAGGAGAGCCCGUGCGGUCCCGGCACACGUCGGUGGUGAGCUCCGGCCCCUCAGUCCUCAGGUCCACUCUCCACGAAGCUCCCAAAGCACAGCUGAGCCCGGGAAUUUAUGAGGACGCCAGCGCACGGCGCACACCGGGGAGCUACACCAGCACUGUGUCCCGGGGCUCGCCCAUGCUGAGCAGACCUUCUGAAGUUACAAUUUCUUCUGGCAAGUCUGCUAAUCAUGAGAGGAAGUCAACCCUGACCCCUACCCAGAGGGAGAGCAUCACAGCCAAGUCUCCGGUGCCUGGCGUGGACCCUGCAGUGAGCCACAGCCCCUUUGAGCCGCACCACAGGGGCGGCACCCCCGGGGAGGUGUACCGGAGCCACCUGCCGGCACACUUGGACCCAGCCAUGCCCUUUCACCGGGCUCUGGAUCCUGCAGCCGCUGCUUACCUGUUCCAGAGGCAGCUGUCACCGACCCCUGGCUACCCCAGUCAGUACCAGCUCUACGCGAUGGAGAACACGCGCCAGACCAUUCUCAACGAUUACAUCACCUCCCAGCAGAUGCAAGUGGGCCUUCGGCCUGACGUGGCCAGGGGGCUGUCCCCCCGGGAACAGCAGCUGGGGCUCCCAUACCCGGCGACCAGGGGAAUUAUUGACCUGACCAACAUGCCUCCAGCAAUUUUAGUGCCUCACCCUGGGGGAACGAGCACCCCUCCCAUGGACAGAAUCACAUAUAUUCCCGGUACACAGAUCACCUUCCCACCCAGACCUUACAGCUCCGCGUCCGUAAGUCCAGGACACUCAACACACCUCGCUGCCGCAGCCAGUGCUGAGAGAGAGCGGGAGCGGGAGAAGGAGCGGGAGCGCCUUGCCGCAGCCUCCUCGGACCUCUACCUGCGGCCGGGCUCAGAGCAGCCUGGCCGGCCCAGCAGCCACGGCUACGUGCGCUCCCCAUCCCCAUCGGUCAGAACUCAGGAGGCCCUGCUGCAGCAGAGACCCAGCGUCUUCCAGGGAACCAACGGGACCAGCGUGAUCACCCCACUGGACCCUAGUGCACAGCUGCGGAUCAUGCCACUGCCUGCCGGGGGCCCUUCCAUCAGCCAGGGCCUGCCGGCCUCCCGUUACAACACCGCUGCGGAUGCCCUGGCUGCUCUUGUGGAUGCUGCUGCAUCUGCUCCCCAGAUGGAUGUGUCCAAAACGAAAGAGAGUAAGCACGACGCCACCAGGUUAGAAGAGAAUGUGAGGAGCAGGGCACCAGUCAGUGAGCAGCAGCUAGAGCAGAAAAGCCUGGAGGCGGAGAAGAGAGCCGGUCAGUGUCUGUACACCUCUUCAGCCCUGCCGAGUGGCAAGCCCCAGCCUCACUCUGCAGUAAUUUACUCUGAGGCUGGGAAAGAGAAAGGGCCUCCUCCCAAGUCCAGAUAUGAGGAAGAGCUAAGGACUCGAGGAAAGACCACCAUUACCGCAGCUAACUUCAUAGACGUGAUCAUCACCCGGCAGAUUGCCUCGGACAAGGACAGCAGGGACCGUGGCUCCCAGAGCUCAGACUCUUCCAGUAGCUUAUCUUCUCACCGGUAUGAAACACCUGGCGAUGCUAUUGAGGUGAUAAGCCCUGCCAGCUCUCCCGCACCACCCCAGGAGAGGCUGCCGGCCUACCAGCCGGAGGUCGUGAAGGCGAGCCAGGCAGAAAAUGAAGCCCCCAGACAGUACGAAGGACCACUGCAUCACUACCGGCCGCAGCAGGAGUCCCCGUCCCCGCAGCAGCCACCGCCCCCACCCUCACAGGCCGAGGGGGCGGGGCAAGUACCCCGGACACACCGGCUCAUCACACUUGCUGACCACAUCUGCCAAAUUAUCACACAAGAUUUUGCUAGAAAUCAAGUUUCCUCGCAGCCCCCCCAGCAGCCUUCCACUUCUACAUUCCAGAGUUCACCAUCUGCCUUGGUGUCUACACCUGUGAGGACGAAAACAUCAAACCGCUACAGCCCAGAAUCCCAGUCUCAAUCUGCUCACCAUCAGAGACCAGGCUCGAGGGUCUCUCCAGAAACUCUAGUGGACAAAUCCAGGGCCAGCAUCAGGCCCGGAAAGUCCCCAGAGAGGAGUCACAUCUCUUCGGAGCCAUAUGAGCCCAUCUCCCCGCCUCAGGUUCCUGUUGUGCAUGAGAAGCAGGACAGUGUGCUGCUGCUGGCCCAGCGUGGAGCCGAGCCCGUGGAGCAGAGGAAUGACUCCCGCUCACCAGGCAGCAUAAGCUACCUGCCUUCAUUCUUCACCAAGCUUGAGAGCACAUCCCCCAUGGUGAAGUCAAAGAAGCAAGAGAUUUUUCGUAAGUUGAACUCCUCUGGUGGAGGUGACUCUGAUAUGGCAGCUGCUCAGCCAGGAACUGAGAUCUUUAAUCUGCCAGCAGUCACCACCUCAGGCUCCGUGAGCUCCAGAGGCCACUCCUUUGCUGACCCUGCCAGUAACCUGGGGCUGGAGGACAUCAUCCGGAAGGCGCUCAUGGGGAGCUUUGAUGACAAAGUGGAGGAUCACGGGGUGGUCAUGCCCCAGCCAGUGGCAGUGGGGCCUGGGGGCGCCAGCACCUCGGUGGUGACCAGCGGCGAGAUCCGGAGGGAGGAAGGGGACCCAUCGCCUCACUCAGGAGGAGUUUGCAAACCAAAGCUGCUCAGCAAGGCUAACAGCAGGAAAUCGAAAUCGCCUGUCCCGGGGCAGGGCUACCUGGGAGCGGAGCGGCCCUCAUCGGUCUCCUCUGUGCACUCAGAAGGGGACUACCACAGGCAGACGCCAGGCUGGGCCUGGGAGGACAGACCCUCUUCGACAGGCUCGACACAGUUCCCCUACAACCCCCUGACCAUGCGGAUGCUCAGCAGCACGCCCCCCGCGCCCGUCGCCUGCACUCCCACCUCGGCCAACCCGGCUGCCCCGCACCAGCCGAGUAGGAUCUGGGAGCGGGAGCCGGCCCCGCUGCUAUCCGCGCAGUACGAGACGCUGUCUGACAGCGACGACUGA